AUGUACAAGGACCUCGGACACACCCCCAACUGGGACGUCUGCUUCCACCAAGCCCAGCUCACUGAAGAGAACCUGCGCUCGCACAGCUCAACACAUGCCUCGUCACACAUGUCAACACACUCCAAGACCGACAGUGCGUGCCACAUGGUUGAGACACAACAAUACUACCACUACGACAUGGACUUUGACGAGUCGGACGACGAAGACGCCAGCACCUACUCCAAGCGAAUGGCUCUGAGAAGAGCCGCGUCUCUCGAGGUGCUCAAGGCGUACGGCGGAUGCUUUGCUUCUGGCUUCCUGGCUCUCCAAGAACCCCUCCCCGUCAGGCCGCAAUCCAAGCUCAGGCGGUAUGAGAGCGCCGAGGAAUUUGAAAUCCGACGAACUGCAUCCAUUGCAACAUCUCUCGAGACACUGUCCGUCAGCUGCACAAGCACCACGUCCGACAGCCCACGACCCGACUCGGCCACGCUAAGCCCCGAGGAGCUGCAGCAAGCAACCAAGGGAAAGUGGAGUUGGAGGAGCAUGCGGAAAAGCCGAAAGAACUCGGCAAAGAAGCUCGGAGUGUGAAGAUGCACACAUUUCCGGCCACCCGCCCACUCUCUUUUUUUCAUUUGUCUCUGUUGUUUGAUUGUCUAUUAGCGAAGGCGUUGGGGGUUUACGGACAGCCCAAGACUGCCGCCAGCCAUUUUCUUUUGUUUGGGGAAAAAAUCACGAUAGCGAGUGUGUAUAGUUAUAGUGGGCGGUGACAGCACCAGCCAGCUGUAUAGGGUAUUAAAGUAAUAUCUCCGAAGCAGGCUCAGCGGGCCUGCGCGGGCCAUUUGAAUCCAU